GUUUGAACUUGAACCUGCACCAUGUCCUUGCAGAAGCACCUCUUGAACGCCCCCGCAACGCUGGUAUCAGAGUCUUUACAGGGCCUCUGUGCGGUUAAUCCCCAGCUCGCAUACGACCCGGAGAAUCAAGUCGUCUACAAAAGAACUAUUGAUCCAUCCAAAGUAGCCGUUAUAUGUGGUGGAGGCUCAGGACAUGAGCCGUCGCAUGCUGGCUUCGUUGGAGAGGGUAUACUGAGCGCGGCUGUCUGUGGAAGUGUCUUUGCAUCCCCGAACGCUAGCCAGGUCCGUCGUGGAAUUGACCUCGUUGAGAACGAUGCCAGGAAUUACACCGGUGACGUGCUGAACUUCGGCUUAGCGAAGGAACAAUAUGCAGCUGAGCAUGGCAAGAAACCGAAUCAAGUCAAGUUCUUAGUUGUCGGUGACGACGUUGCAGUCGGGAAAACGCAAGGAGACAUUGUCGGUCGAAGGGGUCUCGCUGGCGUUGUCCUCGUCUACAAGAUUGCCGGUGCUCUGGCAGCUCAGGGCGGCAGCCUCGAUGAAGUAUACAGCAUCGCCCAAUAUGUCUCUUCCCGCAUCGGAACCAUUGGGGUCGGCCUCGAGCACUGUCAUGUCCCAGGUACGGCCACGGGUGAAACUCAUUUGUCCGCGGAUGAGAUCGAGAUCGGACUCGGGAUCCACAAUGAGUCGGGAAACAAGCGUAUCAAGCCUGUCCCGCCUUUGAAGCGUUCCUUCCUUCCAUUCAAGAACGACGGCAAAGAUGAAGUUGUACUUCUUCUCGAACUGGGUGGUAUCGCACACGCUGCCAAUGAAGAACUGAAGACCCGCAAAGUCGUUGUAUCACGAAUCAUCUCAGGCACCUUCAUGACCAGUCUGAACAUGCCUGGGUUCUCGAUUUCCCUUGUCCUCCUUCCACGGGAUGAAGACUCGGGUGCGCCAAAGGCUUCGAAGAUCCUUUCCCUUCUCGAUGCGAAGGCUGAGACUCCGGGGUGGAAAUGGACGUCGACUUCAAAGCCCAACGCAUCCUUCACGUUGGAUAAGGACCUCAAGACAAAAGCUGCCACCAAAUCAACAGAAGCUGGCAGCCUUUCAGCGGCAGAUCCCAAAGCGUUCAUCGAGGCCAUCAAACGCGCUUGCCAAGCUGUGGUAAAGGAGGAACCUGAAAUUACUCGAAUGGACACUAUUGCUGGAGAUGGAGACUGUGGACUUACAUUGAAAGCCGGCUCUGAAGGCAACAUCAAAGGAAUUGAUCUUGUCAACGACAUCGUUGACAUUGCCAAAGUCGCCGAAAAGAAGAUGGGUGGAACUAGUGGUGCCCUCUAUUCGAUAUUCUUCUCUGGCUUGGCGCAAGGGCUCCAAGCCAAUGCUGGUUCCUCUACCACUGUGACAGACGACAUAUGGAAGUUGGCAUUGUCGGAUGCUUUGGCGAAGCUCUACACCUACACCCGUGCUCGUCCUCCUUCGCGUACCCUCAUCGAUCCCCUUGCGGCGUUCAUCACCAAUGUGGGUCAAGGAUUCCCAUCUGCGGUGAAGGAAGCUUCGGACGCUGCAGAGUAUACGAAAAACGUCAAGGCGAAGGCAGGAAGGAGCGCAUAUGUCGAUAGCAAUUUGUUGACGAAGGAACAAGUGCCUGAUCCUGGAGCGUGGGGCGUUCGUGCUAUUCUGCAGGCCUUGUUUUUGUAGAUGUGUACCCCCGAUAUCAAAGACGGAAAGUAGUUGUAUUUGUAUCCAAGAUGUAUUCUUUGUGAAAUCAGCAGAGCUCUCUGAUAGGAA